AUGGGGCUUCUCAGCAUAAUCCGGAAGAUCAAGCGAAAGGAGAAGGAGAUGCGCAUUCUCAUGGUGGGGCUUGACAAUUCGGGAAAGACAACAAUAGUGAUGAAGAUCAAUGGUGAAGAUACGAGUGUGAUCAGCCCCACGCUUGGUUUUAACAUCAAAACCAUCACUUACCAAAAGUAUACUUUGAACAUAUGGGAUGUUGGAGGGCAGAAAACCAUAAGGUCGUAUUGGCGGAACUAUUUCGAGCAAACAGAUGGGUUGAUUUGGGUGGUGGAUAGUUCAGAUCUUAGAAGACUGGAUGAUUGCAAAUAUGAGUUAGAUAAUCUUCUCAAAGAAGAGAGGCUAUCAGGAGCAUCAUUAUUGAUUUUUGCAAAUAAACAGGACAUACAAGGUUCUCUCUCGCCUGAUGACAUUGCCAAGGUACUCAACUUGGAAGGCAUGGAUAAGAGCCGACACUGGAAAAUUGUUGGAUGCAGCGCCUGUACUGGGGAUGGACUGCUUGAGGGGUUUGAUUGGUUGGUUCAAGACAUUGCCUCACGAAUUUACAUGCUUGAUUAA